AGCAGAUAGAAACCUUGGUAACAAGGUUAUCAAAUAUGGCACAACCGCAUCAAAUUUGAUAUAGUAUGGGAAUAAUGGUAGCUUAUAAAUAGUAUAUAGAGUAAAAUAUAAAAUAUAAUAAGAUUUAUAUUCACAAAAUGUGUAAUCUUGAAUACUUUCUUAAAUAUAUCCCAUAUUACUGUUCUGUUCAAGAGUAUAUAAUUAAUAUAAAAGAUCAAACAACUAAUCAGGCAAAUAGGGCACGUGACCGGUUUCCCCUUACAAAUAUUGAGAGCGGCCCAUAAAUUUUUCAAAACCCGUAAAACCCCUAUCCUUUUCAAGCUUAACUAUUAAACAUUAUGGCUACCAGAUUACCAUCCUCAUUCGGAGACGAAGAAGAAUUGGAUUAUCUCCAGAAGAUCUGGAUGAAGUCGAAGCAACAACCAUUGGUUCCUCUUGGAGCCUUUGCAACCACAGGUGCCAUUGUAUUGGCUGCUCGAUCUUUAAGAAGAGGAGAGAAAAUGAAAACUCAAGUUUAUUUCAGAUACAGAGUGGGAUUUCAAUUGUUGACACUUGUAGCUUUAGUUGUCGGUGGAAUGAUGUUCCAACUGGAGACCGAAGAACAAAAGAAAACUAAGGAAGAUUUAUUAAGGGAAAAGGCCAAACAAAGAGAAAAGUUAUGGAUCGAAGAAUUAGAAAGAAGAGAUGCCCUUAUUCAAGCCCGGAAGCAAAGAAUAGAAGAAUCAAAGAACGAGUUGCGGAAACUUGCUGAAGAGGGUUUCAAGAAAGAUUCGGACUCCAAAUCUGUUCCAAACUCAACAUCAGACUCCAAGUAGGUUAAAUUUCAUCUAAGUUUAUUACAGUUACCUAUUUAUUCACGAUAGUUUGCUUGUACAUAGUUU